AUGGUGGCGUUUUCUUUGCGAGUACAACCUUCGUCGUCGUCGUCUCUUUUUUCUUCGCAAAAUUCGUCGGUGAGAAGACAAAGAAGGAAGAUGAGAUUAGAUAAUGUCGUCGGCAUCAGAAGCAGAAAUCGGGCGAGAAAAGUCACGUCAUCAGCAAAAGAAGAAGAAGACAAAGAAGAAGAUGAACAAACUUUUAUAGCGAAAACAGAACUGAAUUUGGGACGGUCCGCCAUGCUCGGUUUCGCCGCGACGACAUAUUUGGACGUUUCCACGAACGGGUUAGGUCCAAUAGAGCAACUCAUCGGAGAGGAGAAGAGUUUAGUCACCCACGUGGUCAACCCUUUGAACUUGGCGCGAGACGUGUUAGAGGUGACGGGGUUGUACGUGGAGAGCAUUAUAUUGGUGUGGGUGUUUUUGAGCGGGGUUUUUUUACUCGCCGUCACGAGCGGGUUGAGGAAACCGUCGACGUCGACGAUGAGCGGAAUGUCGCGUCCGAACGGCGAGAACAGAGUAGACGCGAUGGCCGGUAUCGUGAAGUCCGCCUGGAGAGAACAAGUGAGAGAGAAUAAAAAGUAUGAAAUUUUUAACGGGCGUUUGGCUAUGCUUGGCAUCACGGCGUCGUUUAUCGGGGAUUAUUUCCUCGCGGAAGGGCCCAUGGAGCAAGUGGCGCAAGAGUUGGGAGUGCCCGUCAUCGACCAAGAGAUUUUCGCGUUGGUGUUUCUCUCCGCGGCGAGCUUUUUGUUGGUCUCGACGUUGGUGAGAGUCGGGAGAAGAGCGCUGACGGAGAGCAACUGA